UAAAACAGUUAGUGAAAAUUGGUGCUAGGAGCAAAUACUGGUUAUGUCCUGUCUUCACAACUCAUUCAUUUGUUCAACACGUGUGUGGAGAGCUUUCCUUAUGUCAGGUCAGAGCAUGUUAACAAGAACAUGAUGGAGAGCCGCAGGCAGGAUGGCUGUGGAGUCCAUGCCCAAGCACUACGGGGGAAAUCAGCCCAAGGGUGCCCAGGGCGCCGCCAGAGCUUCCAGGAGGGGUUUUCAGACUGUCUUGGGGGAGGGGAGUAUCAAGGAAAGUGUCCCAGAGGAAAUGAAUUCUAAACGGAGAAGGGGGGUGGUUGUUCACUGGCUGGAGGUGGAAGGGUGGAGGAGGUUUGGGGAAAGAAAAACAGCAUGUGCAGAGCCCGGAGAGAGAAGGCGGGACAGGACCGUGGGGCGCGGAGAGGCUCCUAGGGCGGGCAGUGUCCAGAGUCCAGGUGUCAGGAUGCUAGGCCGGAGGCAGUCGGGGCAUGCCUGGAAGAUCAUCUGCAGAGCAGUGGCCUGCUAGAUUUGGUCGCCGCUGGGCAAUAUGGGAAACAUUCCUAAAGUGCUGUGUUGUGGAGUUUGGUAGAGCCCGAAGGGACCCCAGCUGGGAAUGUUGGGCUUGGGACCUUUUCCCAGUAGUGACUAGUUCGGGUAAUAGUUGCUCCAUUUCGUAGACCCAGUGGAUUCUGUCCAGUCUCUCGUAGGUCAUUAUGAAAAUUAAGUAAGUUAGUGUGUGUUCAGUGAGUAACACAAUGCCUAGCACAUAGAAAGUGCUCAGUUAGUGGUGGCCCUAAGAUUUUAAUAGGGUUCAGAGAGAAAAUUAUAAUUAAGUACUUUUAUAACAUGUAUUUGUGUUCCAGUUUGAUGUCAGUAAUGCCUCAUGGACUUCAUUUUAAAAAAUCAUAUAUGUGAAAUAAAUGAGCCUCUUCAAAAUGUGUUUCAAAAAGGUGAACAAUGACCAUAGUUGACAAAGCUUCUGAAUCUUCAGACCCAUCAACCGGUCAGAACCAGCCUGGCAGUUCUGAGGCAGUCUUACCUGGAGACAUGGAUGCAGGUUCUGCCAGCUUGGGUGCUGUGUCUUCGUUAAAUGAUGUUUCAAAUCACACGCUUUCUUUAGGACCAGUACCUGGUGCUGUAGUUUAUUCAAGUUCAUCUGUACCUGAAAAAUCAAAACCAUCACCACAAAAGGAUCAAGCCCUAGGUGAUGGCAUUGCCCCUCCACAAAAAGUUCUUUUCCCAUCUGAGAAGAUUUGUCUUAAGUGGCAGCAAACUCAUAGAGUAGGAGCUGGGCUCCAGAAUUUGGGCAAUACCUGUUUUGCCAACGCAGCGCUGCAGUGUUUAACUUACACGCCACCUCUCGCCAACUACAUGCUAUCACAUGAACACUCCAAGACAUGUCACGCAGAAGGAUUUUGUAUGAUGUGUACAAUGCAAGCACAUAUUACCCAGGCGCUCAGUAAUCCUGGGGAUGUUAUUAAACCGAUGUUUGUCAUUAAUGAGAUGCGGCGCAUAGCUAGGCACUUCCGCUUUGGAAGCCAAGAAGAUGCCCACGAAUUCCUUCAGUACACUGUUGACGCUAUGCAAAAAGCAUGCUUGAAUGGCAGCAACAAAUUAGACAGACACACCCAGGCUACCACACUCGUUUGUCAGAUAUUUGGAGGAUACCUAAGAUCUAGAGUCAAAUGUUUAAAUUGCAAAGGUGUGUCAGAUACUUUUGAUCCAUAUCUCGAUAUAACAUUGGAGAUAAAGGCCGCGCAGAGUGUUAACAAGGCAUUGGAGCAGUUUGUGAAGCCGGAACAGCUUGAUGGAGAAAACGCGUACAAGUGCAGCAAGUGUAAAAAGAUGGUUCCAGCUUCAAAGAGGUUCACUAUACACAGAUCUUCUAAUGUUCUUACACUUUCUCUGAAACGUUUUGCAAAUUUUACUGGUGGAAAAAUUGCUAAGGAUGUGAAAUAUCCUGAGUAUCUUGAUAUUCGACCAUAUAUGUCUCAGCCAAACGGAGAACCGAUCAUUUAUGUUUUGUAUGCAGUACUGGUACACACUGGUUUUAAUUGCCAUGCUGGCCAUUACUUCUGCUACAUAAAAGCUAGCAAUGGCCUCUGGUACCAAAUGAAUGACUCCAUCGUAUCUACCAGUGAUAUUAGAUCGGUACUCAGUCAACAAGCUUAUGUUCUAUUUUAUAUCAGGUCCCACGAUGUGAAAAAUGGAGGUGAACUUCCUCAUUCCGCCCAUAGCCCUGGCCAGUCCUCUCCCCGACCGGUGAUCAGCCAGCAGGUUGUCAGCAGCAAACAGGCAGCAUCCGGGUUUAUCGGACCACAGCUUCCUUCUCACAUGAUGAAGAACCCACCUCAUCUAAACGGGACGGGACCCUUGAAGGACACGCCGAGCAGCUCCAUGUCAAGUCCUAACGGGAAUUCCAGUGUCAGUAGGACUGGUCCUGUUAACGCCUCAAUGUCUGUUCAGAACUGGUCAGUUAACAGGCCCUCAGUUAUUCCAGAACAUCCCAAGAAACAGAAAAUCACGAUCAGUAUUCACAACAAGUUACCUGUGCGCCAAGGUCAGUCUCAGCCUAUCCUUCACAGCAGUUCUUUGGAGAGCCCUAACAAGCCCGCCAGCUCGUGUACCAUUACCACUUCUGCCAUACAGUCUACCUCGAGUGCCCCCUUGAUGCCCGCGUCUGGUAAGGUAACAAAGCAGAUCACCCUGAGGGAGUCCUGCCCUGAGCCUGUGAUGAACGGCAGGUCCAAGCUGAGCUCCGGUGUGCUGGUCCCCUACGGCGCCGAGUCGUCCGAAGAGUCCGACGAGGAGGCGAAGGGCCUCGGCAAGGAGAACGGUCUCGGCGCCCCCGAGAGCGCGUGCACCCCUGCUCCGGAUGCCGAAGAUGUCGGGGCCUCUCCGCACGAGCUCCGAGAGCCCGUGGCUCUAAAUGGUGCUACCGGUACGGACAGUGACCCGAAAGAAAAUGGCCUACCCUCGGAUGCUGCCACCUGCCCAGUCCAGCCUGCUCUACACUCAGAAAACCCCUUUUCUAAGGCAAACGGUCUCCCUGGGAAGUUGAUGCCUGCUCCUUUGCCACCUCUCCCAGAAGACAAAAUCUUAGAGACCUUCAAACUCGGCAGCAAAGGGAAAGGCUCCACAGAUGAGACGAGUACAACUGGGACAGAGGAGAGGCCUCUGCAGGACCCUGGGGCUGAGCUGGAGGCUGGCGGCUCCGCUCCCGAUUCCCGUGAGAACCUGGAGCUGGUCGCGAGUCUUAGCAGCAAAUUCAAGAAGGUUUUGUCGCCCUCAGAGCCCAGCAUCAAACCUACCAAAGAAGAAGUCUCUGAAAACAUUUUGGCAAAACCCGAGGAGGCUUUGCCGAGUAUCAACACCUUUUGUAACACCAACAAGGAUUCCCUCGGGGAUGAUCAGCUUCCUAAACCGUGUGACCCUGGGAAUUUAACAAACGAUCAGAGCAAACCGUCCCAGGACGUGAAAGGGAUGUUACCAGAGCGUCCCCAGGACCCGGCGGCAGCAGAAGCGGCGGGGAGGCUGAGCCCGAGCCCCUUGUCACGUACCGAGGGUGACUGUGAGCCUGAGCCCUUGGGUCACAGCAGUCGGGACAGAGGCACGGAUGUGGAGGGUCCCCCUAAAAGCACAGGGGUGUCCGCGGAUGGGGUGCCCUCUCCUCAAUUAGACAGGAUCGCAGAAAACCGUCCAGAGGGGGUGCCUGAGCAAAGCAACGGUGAGAGAGGUGAAGACAGUAAGGCCGGGCAGAAGGUCCAGGAGGCUUGUCCGGUGCAGGAAAAAAUCAGCAGCCUCAGAAAGGUUGACCGAGGACAUUACCGCAGCCGAAGGGACCGAUCGUCCAGCGGCGAGCGCGCGCGGGAGGGCAAGAGCAGGACGGAGGAGCUGCGUCGCCGGAAGCGGCCCUGCCACAGGCAGGAGCGGUCCCGGUCCACGCGGCCCCGGCCCGAGCCCUGCGCCGUGGCCCUGCUCGCCCCCUGCCCCGGGUCCCGGGCCAGGUCCGAGCACUGGCACGCCCGGAGCAGGGGGGCCUCCGACCAGGAGUGGGGCCGCUACCACCACGCUGAGGGCGAGUGCGCCUGGGCCCGGGAGAAGCACUACCUGGACAGGGUGCGCUGGGAGCGGCGCAGGCACCAGCACGACAGGUACAGCCCGUGCCCGGCCCGCGAGCCGCGCCAGUGGAGGCCCUUCCACGCCGGGCGAGAGGACGACCGAGCCGGGUCCAACGGCGGCCGGCCCCACAAGGACCACUACAGAGGCCGCGAGGGCUACAAGCCGGCGGCCAAAGAGAGGGACCGGCACCGCUUCAGCAGCCCCCGGGCGGGCCUGGCCCACGCGCCCCCUCCGCACCCCGCUGACAAGUACGCCCACGACAAGGCUGCACUGGGGGCUGAAGACAGCAGCUGUGAGCUUGCCGGUCGGUUUCACGAACACGAGAACGUCAAGUCACGGAAACGGAGGUACGGUAGUGUAGGGAACGACGACAGCCAUGUGGGAAAGCAAGCCUGUAGAAGCUUCCCAAAGGGUCCUUCAGAGGAGCCUAAAGUGAAGAAGCGCAAAAAAUCAAAGAAGAAGAAGAAGUCCAAACACCGAGGCCGGGAUUCCAGGCGUCAGCAGGGCUCAGGCCUUUCGGCAGCGCACUCCGACGCCGACCUCCACAGACACAGGAAGAAGAAGAAGAAGAAGAAGAGGAGGCACUCAAGGAGAUCAGAGGACUUGGUCAGAGAUUCAGAACCGCACUUGCCCAGGGCCGCCAGCUGUGAGACUGUGGACCAUUUCCAGAGAGCGGACAGCGCUUUCCCCCUCGCAGCCAGCCAGCCUCUGGACGGUGUGGGACCUUUCCGUGAGAAAACGAAACAUUUCUCGACGGAAACCAGGGAUGACAGGUGUCAUCUAAGUGUGGCCCGGGUGAUUGAAAAUGUGGCCUCAAAACAAAAAAUUCACUAGUUACGAUUCCACGUGUUCAACAGAAGCCAUCCCCAACCCGGCUUAAAUUAUAAAUAGAGAAAACAACUUUGUUCAAAUCUGUGUGGUGCUUCUUUAGUAAAUACUGUACAGAUUUUACCAUGGAGGACUUUUUUUUUAGUUUCUACCUUUUCGUAAUUACCCUUAUUCCAAAUGGAUGAACACUUUCUACAACUGCUGACCAUUGUAAAAUACUGUGUAUAUAAAUCACAUUGAAAAUAACGCCCUGGACUAGAACAUCUCAAAUGCUGCUUAAUCACAGACUCAGGUUGAUCACUCGUAUUCCAUGUAAUGCUCCUCCAAGUUAGACAUCCGGUGCAAGACCAGCCGGGAGACCAUGGAGUUAUUAAAAGUACAAACUGACAGCGUGUAUAUUUAAUUUAAAAACUUAUUUAAAGAUUCACAAGCUCUCAACUAGACUUUUGAGAGCAGUCUGUUUAAUGUCUGAUACUAGAAACUAAUUUGCUUCAUAUUUUAGUUGUAUUCAAGAUUUGAAGAUGUAUUUUAUAGACAAGUUCUGUUUUUGAACUUUGUGGAACUAUUCCAAUCAAUUUACCAGUUAUGAUGAGUAUUUACAUUAUGAAUGUAUAAUCCGAACAUUAUUUGUAAGGCCUACAGUAUGUUUUUAUUACAUAACACUUUUUUAUACAGUGUCUCGUCUUGACUAUGAUAUUGGAGUCUGAGUUGUCAGCUUGGUCCCUUAAAGUUUCUAGUUACAGACAAAAAAAUCAUACUGUGAUUUUAUUUUUAAUAUGGAUAUGCUAUCAAACUGUGAUACACUUAUAAUUCACUGGUCCUGCAUCAGGAGUUGGAGUGGGGAAAACUGUAUUUAAUACAGUUUGUAUCUGAAUAAUCUGUAUGGUUUAUACAGUUUGUGUUGUUCAGAGAUGUCUAAAGUUUGAUCUUUGUUUUUUUAAAGAUUAAAAAAGCACUUGCCCCACUGUAAAUAUACAGCAUGUAAAAUUUAUAUAGUAUAUA